AUGGCGGCCCCGGCCUCCAACUCUGCGCAGACAUUCCGCGUUCUCGUCCUCCCCGGCGACCAUGUCGGCCCUGAAAUCAUGGACGAAGCCUUGCGAGUUCUGGACACUGUCGAAAUCGCCUCCAAGGGCCGGCUCAAGUUCGAGUUCAACCACCAGAUAUGCGGUGGAUGCAGUAUCGACAAGCACGGGACGCCUAUUACGGAUGAGGUGCUGAGGAUUGCAAAGGAAGAGAGCGAUGCCGUGUUGUUUGGGAGUGUGGGCGGACCUGAAUGGGGAACGGCCUGGCCAAACCCGGAAUCUGGUCUCCUGCGUCUCCGCCAGCACCUCGACACUUUCGCCAAUAUUCGCCCCUGUACAUUCUACUCCCGCUCGUUGCUGUCACUAUCCCCUCUGAAAGCUUCUAUCGCCGAGGGCACGAAUUUCAUCGUCCUGCGCGAGAACUGCAGCGGUGCCUACUUCGGUACCAAGGUCGAAGAAGCCGACUUUGCCAGUGACUCGUGGGCAUAUCGACGGGACGAAGUCGAACGAUGCGCACGGGUUGCUGCUGCCCUGGCUACGACCAUGGGCAAGGACGGCAAAGGCAACGGAGGGCCCGCGACUGUGUGGUCCAGCGACAAGGCCAACGUGCUUGCAUCCGGCCGCCUGUGGCGCAAAGUCACCUCGGAGGUCUUCGCCAAGGAGUUCCCUAACGUCGAGCUGAAGCACCAAUUGGCCGACAGCUUGUCGAUGCUGAUGGUUCGCAACCCGAAGAUGUUCAACGGCAUCAUCCUCACGGACAACACCUUUGGCGACAUGCUGUCUGAUCAGGCCGGCGGCGUGGUUGGCACCCUGGGCGUCUUACCCAGUGCCAGUCUCUCUGGCAUUCCAGACGGAAAAACUCGAUGCAACGGCAUCUACGAACCCGUGCACGGAUCGGCGCCAGACAUUGCUGGAAAGGGCAUCGUGAACCCCGUCGCUCAAAUCCUUUCGGCGGCCUUGAUGUUGCGGUAUUCGUUCAACCUCACCGCUGAAGCCGCCGCCAUCGAAGCUGCAGUGGCCAAAGUUCUCGACAGCAAGGACAUUGGCGGCUUGGAGAUCCGAAGCGGCGAUCUGGGCGGAAAGGCAAAGACCAAGGAGAUCGGUGAUGCCGUGUGCAGGGUUCUCGAAGAGCUCCUGGUGAACCCGCAGAGCUCGUAA